UAGUGCGGGGCGGCGGGGCGCCGGCUCGGAGGCCAGAGCAGUCCCGGCCGCCGCCUGCCCCGUCCCGCUGCCGCUCCCAACACGGAGGCCCAGGGAGCCGGGCGGCGGCGGCGGUGGCGGACGAGAGGAGGAAAGGGAGGAGGAGGCGGAGGAGGAGAAGAAGAAGGAGAAAAAUGAAGCUCCUGAAGCCGACCUGGGUCAACCACAAUGGCAAGCCAAUAUUUUCAGUGGAUAUUCAUCCUGAUGGGACCAAGUUUGCAACCGGAGGUCAAGGGGAGGAUUCUGGGAAGGUUGUGAUUUGGAAUAUGGCUCCUGUCCUCAAAGAAGAAGAUGAAAAGAAUGAGAAUAUCCCCAAGAUGCUUUGCCAGAUGGACAAUCAUUUAGCUUGUGUGAACUGUGUGCGUUGGUCAAACAAUGGGCUUUAUCUGGCUUCCGGGGGAGAUGACAAGCUGAUCAUGGUUUGGACAAGAGCGACGUACAUUGGACCUAGCACAGUGUUUGGUUCCAGUAGUAAACUUGCGAAUGUAGAACAGUGGAGGUGCGUCUCAAUUCUUAGAAGCCAUUCUGGUGAUGUCAUGGAUGUGGCGUGGUCUCCUCAUGAUGCUUGGCUGGCCUCUUGCAGUGUGGAUAACACUGUCGUUAUCUGGAAUGCCGUCAAAUUUCCAGAAAUCCUGGCCACUCUGAAGGGUCACUCGGGCUUAGUUAAGGGACUCACCUGGGACCCCGUUGGGAAAUACAUUGCAUCGCAAGCGGAUGACAGGAGCUUGAAGGUGUGGCGGACUAUGGACUGGCAGCUAGAAACCAGCAUUACCAAGCCGUUUGAUGAGUGUGGUGGAACCACGCAUGUUUUACGCCUCAGCUGGUCACCUGAUGGGCAUUAUUUAGUCUCUGCUCAUGCCAUGAAUAAUUCCGGACCUACGGCACAGAUAAUUGAGAGAGAUGGGUGGAAAACCAACAUGGAUUUUGUAGGCCAUCGCAAAGCGGUGACAGUGGUGAAAUUCAAUCCAAAAAUCUUUAAAAAGAAGCACAAGAACGGGAGCUCAACCAAGCCCAGCUGCCCUUAUUGCUGUUGUGCCGUUGGGAGUAAAGAUCGGUCCCUUUCUGUCUGGCUUACGUGUCUGAAAAGGCCGUUGGUGGUUAUACAUGAGCUGUUUGACAAGUCGAUCAUGGACAUCUCAUGGACCUUAAACGGACUUGGCAUCUUAGUGUGUUCCAUGGAUGGAUCAGUGGCAUUUCUGGAUUUUUCCCAGGACGAACUUGGUGAUCCCCUGAGCGAGGAGGAAAAGAGCAACAUCCAUCAGUCCACCUAUGGGAAAAGCUUGGCUAUCAUGACUGAGGCGCAUCUGUCCACCACUAUAAUUGAGAAUCCAGAGAUGCUGAAAUAUCAGCAAAGGCAACAGCAGGGAGAGCAGAAGAACAACACUAGAAGGGACGCAGCGGGCUCGACAAUGGCAGCCCCUAAAGUGGCGAGCAUGGUGAAUGGGGAGAGCUUGGAGGACAUCAGGAAAAAUCUUCUAAAGAAGCAAGUUGAGACCCGAACAGCAGAUGGCCGGAGAAGGAUCACACCUCUCUGCAUAGCUCAACUGGAUACUGGUGAUUUUUCAACAGCUUUCUUCAAUAGUAUUCCAAUAUCUGGAUCCUUAGCUAGCACGAUGAUGUCUACUUCUCAAACCAAUCAGCUGAUGUCGUUAGAUUACAAUGCAACCAAUUCCCUUGGCACUUCUAAACCUACCUUAGAGCUGGUGGCAGUCAGUGUUAAACCUGCAGAAGAUGGAGUCAACAAGGAUGGUGUAAACGCUACCUCUGCUUCAGCUGCUCCCCCUGCCUCGUCGCCCUCUGUGCUGAGCACCCCUUCCAAGAUAGAACCAAUGAAAGCAUUUGAUUCCAGAUUUACCGAGCGGUCCAAAGCCACCUCAGGGACUUCUGCCAUCGUGCACACAAAUCAGAUUGCCAUAGACAGGUUAAAAGAGCAGAACUCAAUUAGGGACAGCAAACCCCGGGAUCUCCUGGAGAGCAGCAGCGAUAGCGAGGAGAAGAUCCCAGCUAAGCCUCACUCUCACUCGUUAUCCAAGCGUAAACUGGAGCUUGAGAUUGAAACCGUAGAAAAGAAGAAAAAAGGCAGGCCUCGAAAGGACUCCAGGCUGAUGGCCGUCCCUCUCACCGUUCAGUCCCCCGCGAUCCUGGCUUCUGAGAAGGACGGCGCUUGCCACAGUGCCCCGCUAGCGCUUAAACUGCCAACCCCGAUCCCCCAGAAAUCGUUUACGUUACAAGUCAGCUCAGAUCCUUCCAUGUACAUUGAAGUGGAGAAUGACAUUACGUCAGCGGGAGGUUCUAAACUGAGCAGGCUAAAGUGCAAUCAAGAAGGCAAAGAGUGGGAAACGGUCCUCACCAGCCGGAUUCUCUCAGCAGCGGGAAGCUGGAACCUUGUCUCUGACAAGCAGGAGACUCUAGCACAAUGUGCGGACUUCAGGAACAGUUUACCGUCCCAGGAGGCUAUGCUGUGUUCAGGACCCUUAGCCAUAAUACAAGGGAGAACUUCCAAUUCCGGGAGGCAAGCGGCACGAUUGUUCUCCAUGCCUCAUUUAGUACAGCAGGAAACGACCCUGGCAUACUUGGAGAGUCAAGUAGCAGCCGCUCUUACGUUACAGUCAAGUCACGAAUACCGCCAUUGGCUCCUUAUCUAUGCACGGUAUCUAGUUAACGAAGGGUUUGAAUAUCGAUUACGGGAAUUAUGCAAGGAUUUACUGGGUCCAGUCCAUUGUUCUCCUGGCAGCCAGUGGGAAUCAACUGUUGUGGGUUUACGAAAGCGAGAGCUACUCAAGGAACUGCUCCCCGUCAUUGGACAGAACCUCCGUUUCCAGCGGCUUUUCACAGAAUACCAAGAGCAGCUGGACAUCUUGAAAGACAAAUAGCUUCUUCCGCAUUGUUCAUCUGACCUAAGAGAAACUUGGCAGUGCAGCGUUAUUUAACAAGCCAGAAAUAGAGGGGCCGCUGUACAGACUGGAACACUCCUGGGAGGUGCAGUACAAGAACACGGGCCCAAGGUGUUUUAAUGGGCAAAAAACACUGUAGGUUUUUUUUUUAAAAGGUCAUGAAAGAAAUACGUGGAAAUGGGAUGGACCAGGCAUGUUCUCCAAACGCAGUUCAAGCAUCGCCUCUGUGACCUGUAGUUGCUGUGGAAAACUGCGGAGAUGUCCUUCUGGGAUCCUUUUGCAUCUGGAUCUCAGUGCCAGAACUAUUAAAGUGACUAUCGAAGCGCCGUUGGGAUUUGGGGAUACAAAGUGAAAAGCACAGUACAAAAGAAUGAAUCUGACAACCUGCUAGCCCUUUUUCUGAGGUGCUUUGCCUAAAGAUUCGUCAAGGCUCUGUCCUAUAUUUGGGUUAAAGGAGGAGCCCCCUCCCGCCCCCAUGAAAGAAAACUUAAAUAAAAAGAACACUUACAUAAUUAUGCAGCCGACAGACUCUUAACUGUGAAUACACUAAAAUAAAUAAAAUACAGGCUGUUCUAUCACACGGACUAUUUUUGUACUAGAAUUUGCUAACUUGUAAUAUGGAAUUUUAUUUGGCCAAUAAUAACCAGAAUAUUGUUCUCCCUGACAGAAGCUCCCCAGUUGUAUAAAAUUAAAAAAAAACACAAAACCUUGUUAAUUAUGACAGCUAUUGUUGCUGAAGAAUUGUACCAAAAUUAACGUCUUCUGGUUUUUAAUUUUUAACUGUUUGUAAAAGACAUUUGGGGGGAAUGAGGGGGGAUAGCUGAAGGGGAGGGCUGGGAUUUUUUGCGGGAGGAGGGGGGCUUUUGUAAAGUACAAAUAAUAAAUGAACAUUGCAUUGAUCUAAGAACAAAGUGGACGAACUUGUGCUGCUUGUGGUAGCAUUAAACCCGUACAG